CGUACACACACACUCCUUUUGUCUGACGACCUUAUCCGGAGGAAGUGCAGCUCAGACGAGGCAGCUGGCUCACCGGAGCAAAAAAAAAAAUCCCCUAAAAAAAGAGUAAGAGAGAAGAGAGGAGGGAAAACUUUAGUGAUUUGCAGGAAUUUGGACACAUUUGGUUCCCGUGUCCAAACUGUCCCAGCCCACCGGAGCCUCGAGGAGGAGGACGGAGCCGUCGGCACCGGUAAUCGCCACUAUUCUCAAUGCAGUCGGCAGUAAUUUUUGGUAGAUUUGCACGACCGUGCUGCCGCCUCUCCACCCGUCCCCACAGCCGGAAGUCUAAAUGAUGGAGGAUUCUCAUUUUAAUUCCUCAUAUUUCUGGUCUCCUGUUCCGACUGUGCCAGGACAGAUUGAGAAUGCCAUGUUCCUGAACAAGGUAAAAGAGCAACAGGAAAAGAGUAUUUCCUUCCCUCCUUCUUCUGCACCCCACUACCAGACAGCCCUUCUCACCAUCCCCACUCCUGGGGCCAAGACAGAUGGAGGAGGGCAGGCUGGUUCUGCGGCACACCUGCACCCUCCUCACAGCACCCAGAACAUCACAGUGCUGCCCGUCCCCUCCACGGGCAUCAUGACAGCAGCAGGUCUAGUGAUCACAACUCCUCAGGGAACGCUAGUCUCCCCCACCUCCUCACAAUCGUUUGUUUCUGGACAUCCAGCAACAACCAUGAUUGUUUCAGCGCUCCAUCCACAAGAUAAAAAAGAAGGGGAUGGACCCCAUGUGGUCGUGAUGCCAGCGCCCUCCAAACGAGGGAGAAAGAAGAAGGUAACACAAACUAGAGUCAGUCCUCUGGGCGGACCAGCACAAGAGACACUAAUACUGGCUCAUCUCACGGCUGGUGGCCAGGUAGCAUCUCUGCAGCAUCACACUAGAGACCCGUAUGACCUGUCAAAUGAAGAGGAAGAUCCAAGCCCUAAAGAUAGCACUAAAACAUACAGGUGCCGGAUGUGUGCGGCGACCUUCUUCAGUAAGUCUGACAUGCAGAUCCACUCCAAGUCGCACACAGAGGCCAAACCUCACAAGUGUCCUCACUGCGCCAAGUCAUUCGCCAACUCCAGCUACCUGGCCCAGCACAUCCGCAUCCACAGCGGGGCCAAGCCUUACACCUGCUCCUACUGCCAGAAAUCUUUCAGGCAGCUCAGUCACUUACAGCAGCACACACGGAACCACACAGAGUCAAAGCCCCACAAGUGUCCGCACUGUACCAAGUCAUUUGCCAACUCUAGCUACCUGGCCCAACAUAUCCGCAUCCACACGGGAGUGAAACCCUACACCUGCUCCUACUGCCAAAAAUGCUUCAGACAGCUCAGUCACCUUCAGCAGCACAGCAGGAUACACACUGGAGAUCGGCCGUACAAGUGCACCCACCCAGGCUGUGAGAAGUCCUUCACGCAACUCUCCAAUUUACAGUCCCACCGGCGUCAACACAACAAAGACAAGCCCUACAAAUGCACCAACUGCAAUAAAGGAUACAUAGAUUCAGCGAGCCUGGAGGUGCACAUGUCCACACACACAGUCAAACACGCCAGGAUCUACUCAUGUGGUCUCUGCAACCGCACUUAUACCUCAGUAAGACAAAUGUCCAUUUCUGAAGAGCAUUUCUACUUGAAACACUUUGAAUCGCCUCACUGGCAUCAGAAACCUGGCAACUACUUUACACCGUGUAGUCAUGUGUCCACUGUUUCCCCUCUACCUAUCCUCCCCUCAUCUCAGGAGACGUAUCUGGUGAAACACAUGGAGAAACACAACCCAGACCAGUUGACUGCACCAGCAGUCAUGGCAGCACAGUCAGCACAACAGAACCAAAGCCAGGCCCAGAGUCAGGCAGGAGCUCAGAGACGGGUAGAGAAUGCAGAUGGAGGAUCGACCCGACCUGGGGGAGCUGGGAGUGGAGCAGCAGGUGGAGGCCAGCAAGGACAGAGCCAGAGCAACUACCCCCAGACAGAAAGCAUCCCCUGCCCGUUUGACCUGCAUCAGUAUAAGACAGUGUCUGCCAAUGACAUCCAGUACAAACCGGUCAGUGUGGCCGACAUUACGUCCCACAAGGACCUCUGUCUCACUGUGUCCGCAUCCACCAUUCAAGUGGAGCACCUCAACUCGUAGAGGUGAUGAAAGGAGGGAGUGUGGGAGGUGGGGAAGUUAGAUUCUAUUCAAGAAAACAGGAAACGGCGGAUGGAGAGUCGAAGGAUAAAAGCAAUACUAAGAUCAUACAGAAACUUUGGGAAGCAUGACUGCCUAAAUAAUGGUUUCAGGCAGACAGGACAAAUGAUAUGGUGACACAGCAUACUAAAGGCAAUAAUUUUUUUUUUUUUUUUUUUUUUUUAACUUUGGCUCUUUGACUUUUACGUUUUGCCUUGUUUGAUUUGUGCUCCUUUUGCUUAGCUAUCCUGUCGGAGUAGAAAGUGCAUGUAAAGACUGCAAUAAAGUAUGUUUCAGUCCAUCACAAUGAUGGCUUUAUGAAAGGAAGUGUCUAAGAGACAGUGCUUCUCUUUGUCAUCACCUCCUGCCUUUCCCUACAAAUACAGCUGUGGCCGUAGCAAUUAUGGUCUCUCUAUUGACUUGAUGGGUAACUGUGAAGGUAAAUUUUUCUACUUUCAUACAGACAUUCAGUUUUUACACCAGUGUUAUUACCUCUGCUAUGUUGUAAAAUACAUGCCUGUGAUCUUUUUAACCUUAACAGAGAUAUAGAGGUUAUUUCCCUUUCAGGAAAAAAAAAUCCGGUUUAGAAAGUAUGAUUAUAAGGAUGUGGCAUUCUGCAGAACAUAUUUACAUAUAUUUGCGGGUCUUCACAUGCCUGUGACCUAGGGGGAGUGAUGAGCCAGUUCAUGUUUCAUGUAAUCCUAUUGUACUGCUUUGAGUGUAUGUCCUUAAAGUAAUGUUCUUCAAAUGUGCUCUUGCUAUUAUACUUCCAAGGUAACAAUGUUUAUAAUACUUCUUUAAAGACAUGUUGACACACCUGAAUUUUGUGGGUUUUUUCUGCCUGUAAUACAAUAAACCCUCUGAAAUGUU